UAAAUUAAAGUAUAUUUAAUUUUAAAAUAUAUUUUAAAUUAAAAACAUUUUCGAUAUAUUAUUUACAUAGUAAUAAUUCUAUUUGUCGGUGAUUCUAUUUUACAGAUGUAAGUAUAUGUAAUUUUGAAAAAUAUGAUAGAUAUUAAUUUCUUUUUAAUUUCAAUCUACCUUGUGAAAGCCUGCAAUGUAGCUUUUAAAUAAUGUAAUUGAAUUUAAUAUGUAACGUAAUGUGUAUAAAUUCAGUGUAUAAAGUUAUGUAAGGGAGAUAAAUGUGAGCUAUUUGUAUUACAAAUGUUGCACGCUUGGUAUGUUUCUUUUAUAUAAAGCUUACUAGCAGUAACAGUUAUAAAAUAUUUAUUACUUAAGAUGUAAUUUAUAAAAAUUUGAUGACAUUGAAUAAUAAAUCGAAGAAGAAGAGGAGUAGUAAUCCACAAAAACAAAUUUAAAAGAUAGUUUUGUUUAAAAAAUAAAAUAUAUUGUUAUGAAAUAAUGUAUUUUUAUGUUUCUAUGGGUUAUAUUAUAAGAUAAUAUUACAUUUUGUCCUUAAUCAUAAAAUUUUACAAAAACAACGAUUAAUUGAUAUGUUUUAGAUAAAGAUAUCCAUCCAACAUGUUAAGUAAAUUGAUUGGGACUUUAGUUACCGUUUUAUAUGUUUUGUACAUUCUUUACAAGUAUGUGCGCUUUAACUUAUGGACAAAAGGGGAAACUUCUGAUAAAAAACCCGUUGCACCUGUAAAUGAUUUAAUAUCUCUUUUGAAAGGAAAUUUAUCAAUCGGUGAAGUCUUCCAGAAUGGAUAUUUAAAAUAUAAAGCUUGUAGAAUUUUUGGGAUGUGUGUAUUUUUCAAACCUGUACUGAUAAUUACCGAUCCAGAAAUUGUUCAAACAGUGCUAUCAAAAGAGUUCAAGUGUUUUCAAGAUCGGGGAGUGUUCAGUGACGAAACAGUAGACCCCAUGUCAACACAUCUCUUUUCGAUGAAUGGCCAAAAAUGGCAUAAUUUACGAAACAAAUUAACCCCAUAUUUUAAUUUAAACAAAAUAAAACAAUCAUAUGCGAUUCUAGAGGAAUGUAGUGAAGAACUUAAAACAAAUUUAGAGGGCAAAGCUAAAACAAAAGCUUGUAUAGAUGUAAAAGAUAUGUUCGAAAGGUACACAAUGGAUUUUAUAAUGGCCACAGCAUUCGGCAUACAAUCAAAUUGUAUAAAACAGCAAAAUCAUGAAUUCACGUAUUGGGGAAAACAAGUCUUCGGAGAGGCAAGCAUUUGGAAACUUCUCUUCAUGUUUUCACCAAAUGUAAUGAAAUUUUUUUCCAUUCCCUUUACGGACAAAGAGACAAGUAAAUUUUUUAUGGACUUAUUUCAAGAAAAUAUGAAUUAUCGAAAAAAUAAUAAUAUUAUCAGCGAGGAUUUCAUGAAUGCGCUUAUACAAUUGAUGGAGAAGGGAUAUAUUAAAUAUGACAACAAAAAAGACGUUAUCGGCGAUUUAUCAGACGUAAACAAACUAACCAUAGCUGAAGCGGCUGCACAAGCUUUCGGUUUCUUUUUGGCUGGCUACGAAACAUCAGCCACAACAGCUUCGUAUUGUUUAUACGAAUUAGCUUGCAAUCCUGAUAUACAGGAUAAAGUUCGCACAGAAAUUGAUGAAUUAUUAGAAAAACAUGGUGAGAUAUCGUACGAGGCUGCAAAUGAAAUGAAAUAUUUUCAAAACGUAAUAAAUGAAACUUUAAGAAAAUAUCCCCCACUAUCCAUUUUAUUUCGGAAGUGCACUAGAGAUAUAGAUCUCUCAGAUACAGAUAUCCACAUUUCAAAAGAAACUAUAGUCAUUAUACCGGUGCUUGGAUUGCACCGCGAUCCAACUAUAUAUCCGGAUCCGGAUAAAUUUGAUCCGGAACGAUUCACCGAAGCCAAUAAAGCAACAAGGCACUCGUUUGCAUAUUUACCAUUUGGUCAAGGACCACGGAUGUGCAUGGCAGACGUAAAUAAGCUAACCACAACUGAAGCGGCUGCACAAGCUUUCGAUUUCUUUUUGGCUGGCUACAAAACAUCAGCCACAACAGCUUCGUAUUGUUUAUACGAAUUAGCUUGCAAUCCUGAUAAAGUUCGCACAGAAAUUAAUGAAUUAUUAAAAAAACAUGGUGAGAUAUCGUACGAGGCUGCAAAUGAAAUGAAAUAUUUUCAAAACGUAAUAAAUGAAACUUUAAGAAAAUAUCCCCCACUAUCCAUUUUAUUUCGGAAGUGCACUAGAGAUAUAGAUCUCUCAGAUACAGAUAUCCACAUUUCAAAAGAAACUAUAGUCAUUAUACCGGUGCUUGGAUUGCACCGCGAUCCAACUAUAUAUCCGGAUCCGGAUAAAUUUGAUCCGGAACGAUUCACCAAAGCCAAUAAAGCAACAAGGCACUCGUUUGCAUAUUUACCAUUUGGUCAAGGACCACGGAUGUGCAUGGGUAUGAAAUUAGCCUUCUUGCAAAUAAAGAUGGGACUUGCAAAACUGUUGUUGAAAUAUAAAUUCAAACCACAUCCAAAGACUUCAAUCCCGUUAACGUUAGAUAAAACGUCAGUUUUAAUAAUUGUCCCAAAAGGUGGAAUACAUCUAACCAUUGAGCAACGAUAACGGUCUUUGUUCAUUUUUCCUAAAAAGGUUCGAGAUAUUGUUAUAAAUAAUAUUUCAAAAUCUUUCUUGUAAUUAGUUUUAAGUAUUAUAAUACUACUUUGUACCAUAUAAUAAAAUGUUUC